AUGCAGCCGCACCACUCGCUCCCGGCGCGGCCUCCUCCCACCACCUACUCGGCGCCCCCCUCAAGGCCCAACAACACGGCUGCGCGCGGCCAGAGCAACCCGGCCAUGUUUGCCGCCUUCACCCCGCGCUCCGUUGCUGCUCAUGCCCCUCCACAAGCACCACCCACCCCCGCAGCCUUCUCGCAACCAACAGUGAGCGCUCCAUACCAAGCACCUGCUUACCCGACCAGCAAUGCUUACAACAAUUACUCGUACCCAGCCUAUGCCACGGCUGCACCUGCUGCCUCAUACUCUGCCGCCCCCUCGGCGAACCGCGGAUUUGGCUCCGCAUAUGACCCCGAGGAAGAGGCUCGAAUCGCCGAGUGGAACAGCGCCUACAAUGCUGCCGACGCCAAUGCAAGGAAGGGAGGCAACCCGAGCGUGACUGUCCGCCCAGAAGCGGCAGCCGCCCAGGAGACAGAGGCAGCUCCUACUGCCGACGGAAAGCGCAAGACUGUCGUGCGCGAAGGAGGCGGAAAGCAGUGGGAGGACGAGACGCUCCUCGAGUGGAAUCCGCUCCACCCCCGACUCUUUAUUGGAAACCUUGCGGGCGAAGUGACCGACGACUCGCUCCUCAAAGCCUUUGCAAAGUACCCGUCGCUGUCCAAGGCGCGCGUCGUCCGCGACAAAAAGUCGACCAAGAGCAAGAGCUACGGCUUCGUGAGCUUUGCCGACACGGACGACUACUUCCGAGCCGCCAAGGAGAUGCAGGGCAAGUACAUUGGCAGCCACCCAGUCCUCAUCAAGCGAGCCACGUCCGAAGUCAAGCCCAUCACCAAGCGCGACGACAAGCACAAGCAGCAGGGCAAGAACAAGAACAACAAGAACAAGGACAACAAGGACAAGGCCGGCACGAGCAGCACUCCGGCUGUCAUCUCGUCUCCCGCCAUGUUCAUACCCCGGGGUGUUCAGAAGAAGAGCAAGACGAACGGACCGAGGGUGCUGGGCUGA